UGGGCCUCCUCCCCGUCCUUGGCCUUUUCCCGCUGUGCUACCAGGCCUCGCUUCCCCCAGCCCCUGUGCGGGGGCUCGGCCCAAGUGAGAGGUUCCGGAGCCCCGGCGCGGGCGGGGUCCCCGGGUGUUGACGCCGCGGGCCGGCCCGCCCCAGCCUCCUCGGCACUGCCUCGGGGACUUCAGCUGCCACUUGGUGCGCAGGUUUGCCUCGGAGGGUCUGUGGCGACGCUGCGGGGAGGAGGAGCGCUGGGAGGGUCAAUCUGGCCAGUCCCCGGCCUCCGGCCGCGGAUGCCGCCCUCGCCCUUGGGAAUCCUUGGCCGCCCAGACUGAAGGGAAGUCGGCGCCGGAGAGCCCGCUCCGCAUUUUGAUUCAUCUCGGGCCCUUUCCACAGAUAAGAAUCCCAAGAAAAUCAAAUGGCAUCUGGGGAUUUCUGCUCACCUGGAGAAGGGAUGGAAAUACUCCAACAGGUGUGCAGCAGACAGCUUCCUCCUUGUAACCUGAGUGAAGAGGACCUGUUACAGAACCCAUACUUCAGCAAGCUGCUGCUGAGUCUCUUACAGCAUGUGGACAAAAGUGGCUUAAGCCUCACCCUGGCAAAGGAGCAGGCUCAGGCAUGGAAGGAAGUUCGACUGCAUAAGACAGUAUGGUUGAGGUCUGAGAUUUUACAGAGGGUCAUCCAAGAGCUGCUUGUGGACUAUUAUGUGAAGACCCAAGAUACAAAUUUAACUUCUGAGGAUAAAAAGUUUCAUGAGACCCUUGAACAGCGGCUACUUGUGACUGAACUGACACAGCUCUUAAGUCCCAGCCAGGAGAGAGAGAUGCCUCCACUGUCAGGGCUCCAGAAAGCAGAUCUACUGGAGCUCAUGCCACCCUCAGAGGAUUUUGUGUGGAUGAGAGCGCGGCUCCAGUUAGAAGUGGAGGAACAGCUCAAGAAGAAGUGUUUCACUCUGCUCUGCUACCAUGAUCCCAAUUCAGAUUCAGACAAUGAAACUAGGAAGGCAGCAAAGGUAUGGAAAUUGGCGGAGAUCCUGGCGUGUGAAAAGCAGCAAUGCCAAGACACCAAGAGCCAGCAGAAGGAGCAGAUGGUGCUCCUGGAGAAGCAGAGUGCCACCUACUCCCAGGUGCUUCUCCGAUGCCUUGCCUUGCUACAAAGACUUCUUCAGGAGCACCGGCUGAAGACUCAGUCUGAGCUAGACCGCAUCAAUGCCCAGUACCUGGAGAUCAAGUGCAGUGCCAUGAUCCUUAAGCUGAGGAUGGAGGAACUAAAGAUUUUGUCUGACACUUACACUGCUGAGAAAGUGGAAGUUCAUCGUCUCAUUAGGGACCGUUUGGAGGGGGCCAUUCGCCUGCAAGAACAGGACAUGGAGAAGUCCCGACAGGUCCUGAACACCUAUGAGGUCCUCGGGGAGGAGUUUGACAGGCUGGUAAAAGAGUACACCCAACUCAAGCAGGCAACUGAGAACAAACGCUGGGCCCUCCAGGAGUUCAGCAAGGCCUACCGCUAAGCGCUGACGGACUAGGAAGCAUGCCUUCCUCGUAGCCAGUGCCUCCUUCCCUUCCUGAUAAAAGGACCACCAGGGGCUAUACCAUCAUACUAGGGAGUAUGGGGACACUUGGCUUGAAACACUGCAGUCAUUUGCGUACUCUCCUGGUUUCCUUGUUUACAAUGACUGAGCCUCUUCCGGGAAAUGUAGCGGAUUUAUAUAAUUUUAAGCACAGCUGUUUGUGAGCAUCAGCUGUGUAUAGUAUUUGAUUAUCUCCUGAAUAAAGUUAUAUUAUGUCUCAGGA